UGCCAUUCACAAAAAACGGAAACAAGGACCUGUGAUAUAUUGUUUCAACGAUUAGGACAAUAUUUAGGUGGUUAAUUGGUUAUACUUAUUAAAUAAUACAAUGGAGGUAUUAUGACUAUAAAUCUUAAAGUGGAAUCCACUCAUAGUAGCCCGACAGAACUGUGAUGUUUAUUUUAUUUUGUUUUCUUAAUUUGAUUCGAUUUACUGUAUUUCUGUUUGUGUCGUCGUAACAACCAUGGCAACUACAAGGAAUCAUGGUAACCAGGACCCUGGAAUUUUCAACAUUGGCAAACCGCAAUUCAACGUUCCACGGUCACUACGAAUGCAGCACGACUUCAAUAGCUCGCGACUGAUCCAGGAGAUGCAACACGACCUAGAAAAGGUGAACCGCAGUCUCGAGCUCUCCAUGGAGAACCCCUUGACUCGGGAUUUCAUCGAGAAGGCAGCGAUGACGCAGGAAAUGCAGGCGAUGAAGCACGCAGAGUUUGUGGAGAAGAAACGUCGCCAGAAGUUGAGGCGGGAUUGCGAGGAACUGCGGGAUUUGGCAGAGCAAUUACGUUUAGCAGCCAUUUCCAAGGAGCUAGCUGAAAAUUUGGAGGACCGCAAAAGGCAGCGACAGCUGGCUGUUAAAAUGGAGGCCAGAGAAGUGGCCGAGGAGCGUUGUCUAUUGGAGGAAAAGCAAAGAGAAAAAGAAGCCGCUCUCAAGGAAGAACAACGCCGCCUGAGGGAGUCCUUGGCUGAACAAAUGGAGGAGAACCGCCGCCGGCGCCAACAGGAACACGCCCAGGUGAUGAACGACCGACAGCUUAGCUUGCUGCGGCAGAAGCAAAUACAGGAAGAAGAUCACGCCCAGCAGCUAGAGGCAGCGCGUAAGAAGAUACAAAAGCGAAAGGAUAUGUUGCAGUCUAUUAAGGAGAACCAGGAACAUAAGGAACGGCAAAGGGCUCAGAACAACCAGGAGUUGGGUAAUUUAGUCCAAAAACAAACCGAGAUUGAGGAGAGGAAGCUCCAGCUUGAGGCGGAACGCCAGGAGGUGCAGCGAAAGAAGCAGGAGAUCAGCAUACGACUGGGCCAGGAGGUCCUGGAAAUCCAGAACAAAAAGCGCCUUCGGGACAAUUUGCUGUUGGAUCUGUUGGAGGCGGAGUACACCGCGAAGAGUGAUGAGCGCUUUCGCCAACAGAUACAGCAGGAGCAAAUAUCACGCCGGCGCACAAGGCAAGAAUUGGAUCGUUAUCGCCAAGAGGUGGAGCAUCAUAAGAUGGCCCAAAUGCAACUGAAACGAGCGGAGAUAGCCGCCCGACAACAGGAGGCCCCCGAUAUGAGUAUCCAGGAGUCCGAGAAGCAGCUUGAGGAAUACCGCAGACGCAGAGCGCAUGGAGCAACCUUACUAGCCAUGAUCGAGGAUAAUCAGCGAAAACGGGCGGAGGCCACCGCUGAAAAUGUCCAGUAUUUCGAUAUGAAGGCCAAGACCGAUGCCGAGCAACUGGAGCAAAUCAAACAAGAGCGUCUGUUGAUGUUAGGUCAGGUGCCGACCUCCGUUCUUCGAUAUCUUCCCAAACAUGUCCUGACCUCCACGGAUCGAGAGCAUUUUUGCCGAGAUGACGUGCAGAUGGGCGGCGGGGAUUCCUAGUCUUUUGGCAUCAUUCCAUAUUGUUAUUCCAAGACGGCCUUGUUUGUUUUUAUUAAAUAACAACAAAAUAUA